AUGGUCCUCACCCAACUCCCCCAAUGGCUCCUCAUCCAAGCCACAAUCGGCCUCGCGAUUUCCUACACGCCACCAAAUGCGAACACGCUCCGCUCCGCAGCCGCAAUCGUGAUCAUCGCGCUCGCGACGUCUCUGCAAAUUGAGGCCAUCUUCCCGGGAGGCAAAAUUCUCGCCGCCGCGGGGCCGAUCGCCGCGAUGGGAUGGGUGAAUGUGCUUAACGGCAUUGAGUUGUUAUUGUUGAGUCGGGUUUCGUAUCGCGCGCAGGUGGAGUGGGAGAAGACGCAGCUUAAGGCACCCGCGCCGACGUCGCAGUUGACAUGGGCUUUUUGGAUGCCGUAUAAUUAUCGCAGAGUACGGACGCCGUGGCAGAUAAAGCGAUUGCCUUGUUUUAGGCGUGAUGAGCCCGGGUAUGUGCCCGGGAGGGGGGGGUUUCUUGUGACUUGCGCGGGGAAGGCUGUGCUUUGCGGUUCGCUGGUUAGGAUUCUUACGGUUGAUCUGCGGUAUGCCGGUCUUGAGGAGCAGUUGGGUAUUCUUUGGGGACAGCGGGAGGAUGUGACGUUGCUGCACCGCGUUCUCGUGCAGACGAGCUUCAUGGUGCCUUUUGCUGUUUUGAUCAGGGCGGUGAUUGUGGGUGUUUAUUCUGUUAUGGCACUUUCCUGCGUUGGUCUGGGAAUUUCUGAACCAGCACUGUGGCCGCCUAUUAGCGGUUCGCUGUUAGAUGCGUGGUCCAUUCGUCGGUUGUGGGGAUUAACAUGGCAUCAAAUGCUCCGCACAUGUCUCGUCUCCAACAUCAACUUCGUCUUCUCCGUUCUGCGCAUCCCCAGCUCCUCGGCCGUAGCGUAUAUACUACGCCUCGUGCUUGUCUUUGCCCUCUCCGGACUCGUUCAUUUGGGCAUGGACCUGGGCUUCUCUGUCCCGAUUAAGAACAGCGGAGCACUGCACUUUUUCACUGUACAGGCAUUUGGGAUGAUGUUUGAACAGUUGGUGGACUAUGUUUGGUCCACUGUCUUCGGAAAUAAUACACGCACAAGUAUUGCGGGGAGAAUCGUUGGAUAUCUCUGGGUCAUUGGCUUUUUGGCUGUGACGGCGCCCACAUGGUUGGUUCCGAUUAUUAAGGGGGUAUACGAUGAUGGCGAGAGGGUUCCGUUGCCUAUGCACCUUGGAUGGGGAGUGUUGUUGGCAUAG